AUGAGAACUAGAGGAGAGCCAACAGCUAAAGAUGCUGCUACUGACGAAGCAACUGCAACUCGCCGAACUUCCGCUCGUUCGAGAUCGAGUAGUAGUAAACCAAAUUAUAAGAUUGAUACUAGUGGUUUAGAAAUUGAUACUGAGCAUGCUAGUGAUGAUGAAUUUGUCGCCGAUGAAGAAGAACAGGCUGAAGCUGAUGUUGACGAAACAGAAAUUAAAUCUGAAGGGAAGAAAGAAAAAGAUGAAGGAGAAGAGGAAGAAUACAAACCAAAUGCUGAUAGAGGAAGACAAAAUAAGAGAAAAAUAGAUAAAGUGAUAAGUAAUACUGAAGGUUCCGAAACUGAUAGGUCAAGGAGUGCUUCAACUGCUACUACUCCUGCAAGUAAGAAAGUUCGUAUGUCGGUUCCUGUUGAUAAUGAACCUAUUAUUGUCAGAAUUGUUAAUGAAGAAUACGAAUUCCCUGAAGAUCCUGAAGGUGAAACUAAAAUCUCUAAAGAUGGUGACUUAUUAGAUGACAGAAAAUUUAUCGUUCGUACUUUUACUUUGGUCGAUAGAGGUGAUAGAAAGUUUAUGUUAGCCACUGAACCUGCAAGAGCUGUUGGUUUAAGAGAUUCACAUUUGUUUUUCCAACACCAUCCGAAUUUGUACAGAUAUUCUCCUUCCCAGGGACAAAAAAACGAUAUGAUCGAACGUGGUUUAAUUCCAUAUUCUUAUAAAAGUAGACAAAUCGGUUUAGUUACUGCAAGAAGUGUGUUUAGAGAAUUUGGUGCCAAGAUUAUCGAAAACGGUGAGGAAGGUGUCGAUGACUACUAUGUGACAAUGCCUCGUCCAACUAGAAGAAUUGUGGAAAAUGCAUCUAGAGACCACCCAAAAAGAUUAAGCAAGAGGGGUAUGGAAGGUUUAGAUCUCUCUGCUGCAGUGAUAGAUGUUAAUCCGGCAAGAAAUGCAGUCGAAUUCUUUGACAGAAGAUCUCAAAUGUACCCAGUAAAUGGUUCUACCACAUCGUCCGGUGCCAGAUUAAAUGCUACCAACUGGUUAUACCAGCACGCUGCAGCAUGUAGUAGAUUUAAUAGUGACAUGUACUACGACAGAGUUAGAGUAUUGCUAAUAGAGCAGCAAGGCUUAAGGGAUCCAUAUACCAAUGUACUACAUUUACCACAGUCAACACAGUCUACCAAAGUGAUAGGAUGGUAUAAGGAGUCCACUUCUAAUAAAAAGAACAAGGAUUCCUCUUCUCCUGCAGUGAUAUAUGAAACUAAAAUCCAAGAUGAUGAUUUAACCAGAAUUAGUACAGGGUUGGCUUCUGUUCCAUUGGAAAUAUUCGAUGGUAUAGUAGAUGAUGAAAUAAAGCAAGCAAUUAUUGAACAACAGAAUUAUGAACGUAAGAAAUAA